CCGGCAACGGGGACCCUGGCGAGGAGGGGCCCGCCUGGCAAGCGCAGCGGCGUGGUGAGGGGACACGCCCCCUACGGAGUUCUGGCGUGCGCACGCGCAGUGGCGCAGGGCGGGCUGCGCGGCGCGCUCUUUUGGGGAAUGCUGAUACUGGCGAGCUGGGGCUACAGGUUCAGUGGCGUCCGCUCGGACUCUUCGCCGGCCCGGCCUCGGCAGAGCAGCCCUGCCGCCGAGGAAGCGCCACCGAAUGUGCCGUUACCUGUCCCCCGCAGGCCCAUGGCUGACAAAACCGAGGAGGCUGGCGGCAUCCACUUCCCUUUUCCCUUCACACCCUAUGCCAUCCAGAAAGACUUCAUGGCAGCACUGUACCAGGUGUUGGAGGCUGGCAAGAUUGGGAUCUUUGAGAGUCCAACCGGCACGGGAAAAUCCUUAAGUCUCAUUUGCGGGGCCCUCUCCUGGCUCCGCGACUUUGAACAGAAGAAACGUCAAGAGGAGGCGCGUCUCCUUGAGGCCGGAGCCGCCCCCUUAAACGAUGGGAAGGACCAGCCCCUGUGUCCCCCACCCUCCUGCCAGGAGAGCCCGGGCACCCCUCGGGCCUCUGAGGAGCCCGACUGGGUCACUCAGUUUGUGCAGAAGAAAGAAGAAAGGGACCUGGUGGACCGGCUAAAGGAGGAGCAGGUCAGGAGGAAGAGGCGAGAAGAACGCCUCCAGCAGAUCCGUCACAACGCGCCACUCAAGUUCUUGGCCAAGCGCAUGAGACAGGAAGAUGAAGAAACCGAGCGUCUCCUCCGCCUGAGCAGGGAGAUGCUGGCGGCGGGUGCAGGGCCCGAGCAGCAGGCCUCUGAGGAGGAGGAGCUGGUCCUCGCCGAGUACGAGAGUGACGAGGAGAAGGGAGCGGCCAGCGGAGCAGACGCAGAUGAGGAUGACCUGGAGGAAGAGCAUGUGACUAAGAUUUACUACUGCAGUCGGACGCAUUCGCAGCUGGCCCAGUUCGUGCACGAGGUGCAGAAGAGCCCCUUCGGCAAGGACACCCGGCUUGUCUCCCUGGGCUCUCGGCAGAACCUUUGUGUCCAUGAGGACGUGCGAAAGCUGGGUUCUGUGCAGCUGAUCAAUGACCGCUGCGUGGAGAUGCAGAGAAGCAAACACGAGAGGAAGAGCAUCGCCGAGGAGGAGAAGUCUGGGCGGAGGAGGAAGCAGGAGGUGCGGGCCGCCUGCCCCUUCUACAACCACGAGCAGCUGCAGCUCCUCCGGGAUGAGGUCCUGGUGGGGGUGAAGGACAUCGAGCAGCUGGUGGCCCUAGGCAAGGAGGCUCGGGCCUGUCCCUACUACGGGAGCCGGUUCGCCAUUCCAGCAGCCCAGCUGGUGGUGCUGCCCUACCAGAUGCUGCUGCACGCGGCCACCCGGCAGGCGGCGGGGAUCCGGCUGCAGGGCCAGGUGGUGGUCAUCGACGAGGCCCACAACCUGAUCGACACCAUCACCAGCAUCCACAGCGUGGAGGUCAGCGGUUCCCAGCUCUGCCAGGCCCACUCCCAGCUGCUCCAGUACAUGGAACGAUACCGGAAACGCUUGAAGGCCAAGAACCUGAUGUACAUCAAGCAGAUCCUGUAUCUGCUGGAGAAGUUCGUGACUGUGCUGGGCGGGAACGUUAAGCAAAACCCCAAUACCCAGAGCCUCUCGCAGGCAGGAACAGAGCUGAAGACCAUCAACGACUUCCUCUUUCAGAGCCAGAUCGACAACAUCAACCUGUUCAAGGUGCGGCGCUACUGUGAAAAGAGCAUGGUCAGCAGAAAGGUACCUGUCCCUUUGCGCGGGGCCCCGUCACCGUCCUCCAUGCCUCUGUGUCUCCUGCCCUGCAGAACCUCCAGAGGCCCCUGUGCCGGUGCUCACCAUGGGGCAGCUCACCAGGGGCGGGGAGGGUCUGUCCAUCUCCCUCUCACAGCUGCUGUUGUCAUCCCCAUCCCAGCUCCUCGGCUUCACAGAGAGGUACGGGGAGGGCCUAGCAUCCUCCAGGGAGCAGCCCAAACUGGCCGGCUUUCAGCACUUCCUUCAGAGCCUGCAGCCUGGGGUGACGGCGGCUCCUGCGGCCCCUGCGGAGGAGGGGGAGGAUGGGGCGCCGCGGCCCGCGUCCCCACUGAUGCACAUCGAAGGCUUCCUCACAGCUCUCACCACUGCCAACCAGGACGGCAGGGUCAUCCUGAGCCGCCAAGGCAGCCUCAGUCAGAGCAGCCUCAAGUUCCUGCUCCUGAAUCCAGCCGUGCACUUUGCCCAGGUGGUGAAGGAAUGCCGGGCAGUGGUCAUUGCAGGGGGCACCAUGCAGCCGCGAAUGUUACCAGCCUUUCCUUUUACCUCUUUUUUCUGUUCUUCUGUACUUGCUGCCUCCUGGCCCAGACCUCUGGGAGAUUACAGAGCUGGCCUUGUGGUCUGCAGGUGUCUGACUUGCGGGAGCAGCUGCUGGCGUGUGCCGGGGUGGCAGCUGAGCGCGUAGUGGAGUUCUCCUGUGGUCAUGUGAUCCCUCCAGACAACAUCCUGCCCCUCGUCAUCUGCAGCGGGCCCUCCAACCAGCAGCUGGAAUUCACGUACCAGAAGAGAGAGCUGCCUCAGAUGAUGGAUGAGACGGGCCGCAUCCUCUGUAACCUUUGCAAUGUGGUGCCAGGAGGGGUGAUCUGCUUCUUCCCCUCCUAUGAGUACCAACGCCAAGUCCAUGCCCACUGGGACAAGAAUGGUCUGCUGGCCCGCCUGGCUGUCAGGAAAAAGAUAUUUCAGGAGCCCAAGAGAGCAAACCAGGUGGAGCAGGUGCUGCUGGAGUAUUCCAGGUGCAUUAAGCACUGCAGCCCAGCGGGGGGCACCAUGACAGGGGCCCUGCUGCUCUCUGUGGUCGGAGGGAAGAUGAGUGAAGGCAUCAACUUCUCUGACAAUCUUGGCCGGUGUGUGGUCAUGGUGGGCAUGCCCUUCCCCAACAUCAGGUCUGCAGAGCUGCGGGAGAAGAUGGCUUACCUGGACCAGACCCUUCCCAGAGCCCCAGGCCAGGCCCCUCCUGGGAAGGCGCUGGUGGAGAACCUGUGUAUGAAGGCCGUCAACCAAUCCAUAGGCAGGGCCAUCAGGCACCAGAAGGAUUUUGCCAGCAUAGUGCUGCUGGACCAGCGGUAUGCCCGCCCACCCGUCCUGGCAAAGCUGCCGGCCUGGAUCCAGGACCGUGUGGAGGUCAAAGCCACCUUUGGCCCUGCCUUUGCUGCUCUGCGGAAGUUUCAUCGAGAGAAGUCUGGCUCCUCCUGACAGACAGCUGCACCAUGGCCUGGUCACCAGGCCGUUCCUUCACCCCUCCCACUAGAAAUGUUGUCUUGGGCCUGGACUGCAGAGAGAUCCUGUCCAAGAAGGUGAAACCCAGGUGGAGAGCAUGGUAGCCCCCUUCUGGAGUCAGCAGGCUGCCCGGAUCCAGGAGUAAGUGGAAAAGCCCACAGGAGAAAAUGAGGCUGAUCCUGAAGGAACAGUGGCCCCGCCAUUCCUGGGUCUGGCCCCAGGCAGCUGCCCUCCCUGGAAUCGAGUCUGUCUUCCACUCAGCAUGGCCCCGAGGCCAGCUCCCUGCCUGGAUUCCCGGCCAGUUUCCGUGGAUGGCUGUGGAGGCUGCAGCAUCUCCACCCUUCUCUGGUGUCCACAUUCUCAGAGGUGAUGUGGAGCCAAGUCCCUCCUGCCUCUCCCUUUCUCACUAAAAUGAGGUGUUCUAGACCUUCCAACCCUCUCCUGGAAACUAAGAACAUUCCCCACCCUGGGGCUUCUGGUCACCUCAACCACCUUCUUUAAGUUGCUAAGAACUGCUCUACCCCCACCCACUGGCCUCACUUCUUCCUGCAGUGCUGCUCCCUAACCUGCUCCCAGCCCUGCCAGCAGGUUCAUCUUCCUGGAGUGGCUCCAGGUCCUCCAAGUCAGCGGUCCCUCCCUCCCUCUCAGCCACUGGAGCAGACGCAAGACACCUCCUCCCCUGACAUCAGCAAUCAUGCCAAGGGCCAUUAGGCUCUCAGCAAGGCUAUUUUUAGAGACCCCCGUGUCUGUCGCUGAGACGUUUUUUCCUAUGUGGCGACGUCCCUCCCUCCGUCUGCCCCUGCUGACUGCACCUCUCCCUACCCCCACUGCCUGAGACCCACCUCGGAGGGACGUCUGUGUUCUGUGCAGCUGUAGUUCCUUAAUUAAAAGGGCACUGUUGGUUUAUG